CGCCGCCGCCGCCGCCGCCGCGGACCCCCCCCUCCUGAGAGGACCUGUCGCGGCCGCUGCCGCCGCCUCUGCCGGCCACCAUGUCCGCCCAGGCGCAGAUGCGGGCUCUGCUGGACCAGCUCAUGGGCACGGCGCGGGACGGUUCAGUGUAUCUUUGCCUGCCUACAUCAGUCUGCAAGGGCGGUGCAGAAAAGCCUCAUGUUCAUCGAGCCGAGACGAAACCAGACAGAGAGUCAAGUUCACAGAUGACCGGGUCUGCAAGAGCCACCUCCUGGACUGCUGCCCCCACGACAUCCUGGCUGGGACGCGCAUGGAUUUAGGAGAAUGUACCAAAAUCCACGACCUGGCCCUCCGAGCAGAUUACGAGAUCGCAAGUAAAGAGAGAGAUCUGUUUUUUGAGUUGGAUGCGAUGGAUCACUUGGAGUCCUUUAUCGCGGAGUGUGAUCGGAGGACUGAGCUCGCCAAGAAACGUCUGGCAGAGACGCAGGAGGAGAUCAGUGCAGAGGUCUCUGCAAAGGCAGAAAAAGUACAUGAGUUGAACGAAGAGAUAGGAAAACUCCUUGCUAAAGCUGAGCAGCUUGGAGCUGAAGGAAAUGUGGACGAAUCCCAGAAGAUUCUUACGGAGGUGGAGAAAGUUCGUGCUAAGAAGAAAGAAGCUGAGGAGGAAUACAGGAAUUCCAUGCCUGCGUCCAGCUUCCAGCAGCAAAAGCUGCGUGUGUGUGAGGUCUGCUCGGCCUACCUCGGUCUCCAUGACAAUGACCGCCGCCUGGCAGACCACUUCGGGGGCAAGUUACACCUGGGCUUCAUCCAGAUUCGAGAGAAGCUCGAUCAGUUGAGGAAAACUGUGGCUGAAAAGCAGGAGAAGAGAAAUCAGGAUCGCCUGCGGAGGAGAGAAGAGAGGGAGCGGGAAGAGCGGCUGAGCAGGAGGUCUGUGUCGAGAACCAGAGAUCGCAGGAGGUCACGUUCCCGGGACCGGCGUCGACGGCGGUCAAGGUCUGCCUCCCGAGAGCGGAGGAAGUCUUCCCGGUCCCAUUCCCGAGACAGACACCGACGCCACCGCAGCCGCUCACGGAGCCACAGCCGGGGUCACCGCCGGGUCUCCCGGGACAGGAGUGCGAAAUACAAGUUCUCCAGAGAACGGGCUUCGAGGGAGGAGUCCUGGGAGUGUGGGCGCAGCGAGCGGGGGUCCGUCGACUGGCGGCUCGAGAGCUCCAACGGGAAGACGGCGUCCCGGAAGUCGGAGGAGAAGGAGGCUGGGGAGAUCUGAGCCUGAGCCCCGGCACUGUAUAUAGUCCGAUCAGCGGUCAGCACAGCCUACGGCUACCCUUUCUAUUUGCUGAAUACAACUCAUCUUUUGUAGUUCAAACUUUCUAUUGUUUUGAAGCUAGCUGUGAGUUGUAGAGCUGUACAGUCCCUCCUGUGUGCCGGGAAUAAACGAAUCUGACGGGUAGCCUGCAGUCACUCUCC